CCGUCGCCUCGGCGGUUGGGGAGGGUGGUCGGCGGGGCGGCGCGGGCGGGGGGCUCUGCGCGGGGCGGCGCGCCGCUGUUUUGUCUCCUCCUCUCCCAGUGGAGCGGCUCGGGCAGCCGGGGAGGCCCCGGCUCCCUCCGGACGCCCGGCCAACGGCGGCGGCGGCGGCGGCUAGUCCGCGGCCCUGCCGGGAGGGAAGGCGACGCGGCGGUCUUCCCGGGCGACGCGGAGAACAGUAGUUCCAGAGAACUGCUGGUUUAUAUUUUAACUCUUGCCAAGUUGUGAAAAUAGUGAAGGAUGCUUAGACUACUUAACAUUCAAAUUGCUCUCUGGUUAUUCAUCUUUAGAAGACUGGAUUUCUGGAUAUGUACUCCACUCCUUCUCUGUUGACUUUUAAAACAUGAUAGUGCAAACCUGUAACACUGGCAAUCAUCCAUGAACCUUUAAUUACGUCGACUGAUUGCGUUUGAAGCUUCCUCAGGGAAUAAACAAUGACAUCAGCAGUAGUUGACAGUGGAGGUUCUGUUUUGGAGCUUUCCAGCAGUGGAGUAGAAAAUCAAGAGAUGCUAGGGCGAGUUUGGGGCAAGUUGGACCUAUGGACCUAAAGAUCGCAUGGAAGAGCAAACAUAAAGGAGUAGCCAGGGCAGUUUUUGCAGAGGAAACACGUAGCAGGGCACACCAAGAAGUCUGCGACCUGGAAGAAGGCCCCGACCCGGUCAUGCUGCUACCCUGAUCUCGGACUCCCCGCUUCCAGAACCGAAAGUGGAAAGGUUUCUGAAUCUCCAGCAGUGAUUGUGGAGCCAGUUCCAAGUGCCAGAUUAGAGCAGGGCUAUGCAGCCCAGGUUCUGGUUUAUGAUGAUGAGACUUAUAUGAUGCAAGAUGUGGCAGAAGAACAAGAAGUUGAGACCGAGAAUGUGGAAACAGAGAGCCUUUGAGGAGUAGUAACGAAGUAUGCACGAAGGGUGGUCUUGACUCUGGCAGGCCGAAAUACCUCUGCCAGUGGCUGCAGAGUCCAGCAGUUUCUGGAGGCCUCUGGAGAGUGAUGUGGGAGGUAGAAGAUCGACAUGAAAAACUGGGGAUCUGAAAAGGAGCCCCUACCCUAGGAUUACCUGAAGGUGAAACAGAUUGAGCCAGGAGGAAGACAAUGCUGAGGGAAGAGGGCGACGUCGGUCCCUGAGAGUGGCUGGAAGCCCCUAACUUUGUCCCAGGAAAGCCGUGGUAAUAUUUUGUAGGUAUGACUUUUGGGGUUGGUAUGCCCGUUUUUCAGCGCAGCGCUUUCAAGUGAACGGCUUACACGCAGCCUACGCUUUGACACGGCCCAACAAGUUAAUUAAUUAGCCACCUUUCCGUCCAGCUGCGGGACUGGGCAUUAGAGCUCUUCCAGAAAGAAAAUUUGAUUAAUGGCUCUCUUCUAGCGUGGGGACGACUGCAGACUUCUCUUCCGCAGAGCGUGGAACGUGCGUCUUCCUGCCGAGGGGCCUCGUCCCAGCCGCGGCCCCCGGGACGACUCCCCGCCUCAGGUGUCCCCCGCGCCGCGGGCCGCGGCCGCUCUCCGGGGCGGGCGUCCGGGACUUCCUGUCUGGGCGCGGGGCGGAAGGAUCGCGUUGCCAGCCGAGGCGGCCGCCGCCGCCGCCCCUGCCGUUAGGUGGUGGGGUUUCUCAGCCCGGCGGCGGGAGGCGGGCCGGCCUCGGCUUCCUGUCGGAGGACGCGCAAGGAUCCGGGCGUCGGAGUGUGUGCGAGUGCGCGAGUCUCCGGCCGCGGGUUCCGCCUCCUCCCCUGCCGCCGCUGCUCACGGUGUAAGUCAAUGUGAAGCAGCAGCUCCAGCCCCGGGAUAAACAUGGCGACGUCUCUGCAUGAGGGACCCACGAACCAGCUGGAUCUGCUCAUCCGGGCUGUGGAAGCAUCAGUUCAUAGCAGUAAUGCACACUGUACAGAUAAGACAAUUGAAGCUGCUGAAGCCCUGCUUCAUAUGGAAUCUCCUACCUGCUUGAGAGAUUCAAGAAGUCCUGUGGAAGUGUUUGUCCCUCCUUGUGUAUCAACUCCAGAAUUUAUCCAUGCUGCUAUGAGGCCAGAUGUCAUUACAGAAACUGUAGUGGAGGUGUCAACUGAAGAAUCUGAACCAAUGGAUACCUCUCCUCUUCCUACAUCACCGGAUAGCCAUGAACCAAUGAAAAAGAAGAAAGCUCAAAGGGCUUCGCAGAUUAUCAGAUCCUCUGCAAUCGUUGGCCGUAAACCAAAGACCCAGCAGUCGCCGAUUUCCAAUGGGUCUCCUGAGUUAGGUAUAAAGAAGAAACCCAGAGAAGGAAAAGGAAACACAACCUAUUUGUGGGAGUUUCUUUUAGAUCUACUUCAAGAUAAAAAUACUUGUCCCCGGUAUAUUAAGUGGACUCAGAGAGAAAAAGGCAUAUUCAAGCUUGUGGAUUCAAAGGCUGUCUCUAAGCUUUGGGGAAAGCAUAAGAACAAGCCAGACAUGAACUACGAAACUAUGGGACGAGCUCUGAGAUAUUAUUACCAAAGGGGUAUUCUUGCAAAGGUUGAAGGACAGAGGCUUGUAUAUCAGUUCAAGGAUAUGCCCAAGAACAUAGUGGUCAUAGAUGAUGACAAAAGUGAAACCUGUAAUGAAGAUUUAGCAGCAGCUGCUGAUGAAAAAUCAUUAGAACGAGUGUCACUGUCUGCAGAAAAUCUCUUGAAAGCAGCAACUUCUGUGCGUGGUGGGAAAAACUCAUCUCCGCUAAACUGCUCCAAAGCAGAGAAGGGUGUAGCUAGAGUUGUGAACAUCACUCCCCCUGGUCACGAUGCUUCGUCCAGGUCUCCUCCUACUACCGCAUCUGUAUCAGCAACAGCAGCUCCAAGGACAGUUCGUGUGGCAAUGCAAGUGCCUGUUGUAAUGACAUCGUUGGGGCAGAAGAUUUCCACCGUGGCCGUUCAGUCAGUUAACGCAGGCGCCCCACUGAUAACCAGCACCAGCCCAACAACGGCGGCCUCCCCGAAGGUAGUGAUUCAGACAAUUCCUACUGUGAUGCCAGCCUCCACUGAAAACGGAGACAAAAUCACCGUGCAGCCUGCCAAAAUCAUUACCAUCCCAGCCACACAGCUCGCCCAGUGUCAGCUGCAGACAAAAUCAAACCUGCCUGGAUCAGGAAGCAUUAACAUUGUUGGAACGCCCCUGGCGGUGAGAGCGCUCACCCCGGUUUCAAUAGCCCACGGCGCGCCUGUCAUGAGGCUGGCAGUGCCUCCUCAGCAGGCCUCUGGCCAGACUCCUCCCCGAGUUAUCAGCGCCGUCAUAAAAGGGCCAGAGAUUAAAUCGGAAGCAGCGGCCAAAAAGCAGGAACAUGAUGUGAAAACUUUGCAGCUGGUACAGGAAGAAAAACCGGCAGAUGGAAAUAAGACGGUGACCCACGUAGUGGUUGUCAGUGCGCCUUCAGCCCUUGCCCUUCCUGUAGCUAUGAAAACGGAAGGACUGGUGACGUGUGAGAAAUAAAAGAGCAGCUCUCCCACGGACGUAAGGAUGUUAGUGAUAGUCCUGACAUGAAGCAUUUGCAAGGGUGGCAUCAAGCGAAGUCAAAAGACUUUAAAAACACUUUUAAUGCAUAUAAGAAAACAAUCAAACUUACUGGAAAUAAAUUACCUAUCCCAUGUUUCAGUGGGAAAUGAACUACAUGUUGAGACGCUGACAGAAAACUGCCUCUUACAGUAGGAAACAACUGAACCCGUCAAUAAGAAAAAGGAUUGAAAGGGACCAAGCAACUCACUACAAUAUCAAGUUACACUAAGACUUGGAACACUAACAUUCUGUAAGAGGUUAUAUAGUUUUCAGUGGGGAGGGAUUGGGAUGGGUGAUCUCAUUGUUACAUAUAGCAAUUUUUGAUGCAUUUUAUAUGCAUACCAGCAAUUAUUACUGUGUUCACACAGAACUCACUUAACUGGUGCUAUGUGAAGACUGCUAAUAUAGGUAUUUUAGAAUGUGAAUUGAAGAAUGGAUCCAAAAGCUUCAGAAAGAGGAUAGCAAAAAAAGAUCUAGUGCGAUUUUUUUUUUUUUUUUUUAUCAUAUAGCUUAAGCUGAAAACAAAGGCCUUAGACUAAUUUUCGGUUUUCUUUAUUGAAAUAAGCUAAUGGCUUGUUUGUGUAAAGCUUUUUUAUUAAAAGAAAAAUUUUAAAAAUCUUGUACCUAGCACAGUAUUGUUAUAGAAUAUACAUGUAACAUUUUAUAUGGUAGUUUAAGUCUGUCAGUUUCUUAAUUGUGGACAAAUUAACAGUUGGCUCUGGCCUUCCUUUUGCUGUAAACGUGCCUGUGUCACUCACUUCGCCCUGGCAUCUGCGCAGACAUAAUCCGUUUCAGUUCUACUGUCACUUGGAAGUUAAGGCUCAGCAUGAAUUUUUGUCAGGUAGCUCUAAUGCCUGGCGUUUUCUUUCUUCCUUUUUUUUUUUUUUUUUUUUUUUAGUUGAAGUUUAAGGGGAAAGUACCAGUGUUCAGAUUUGAACUAUAAUAGUUUGUAUAUUCAACAUUUGAAGUAUAUUCUAUUUUGUUGUACUCUUGUUUCAAAGUGUAUUCAAGUAGGUUUUCUGAAAUAUAGAAGUGAAAUUUAUCUUGUCUCUGGUGAUAUUUAUAACAAUAUUCAAAAGCUACUAUAAACAUACUGUUUUAGCUAAGAAGUAACAGAAGUCCUAUUUCUCCUUCCCAACUACUGCGUGAAGAAAUUCUACUUGUUUUGUUCCAUUACAUUAAUAUUUAGCAAGUAAUCUGCAUGUUUCCACUUCCUUUCUAAUUACUAUCAUGUAAUUAUUAUAAUGUUCUACUUACCAUAAUGAAUUUACUAUUUUAAUGUUGGCCACACUUAAAUAAUUUAUAUUUCAGAUCAGACCAUUUGUUUCUCAUUCAGACCUUUUGAGGGUGAGGAAGAACGAAUACUACUCGAGCCCUGGUACAAAUUAGGAAGUGGAGGGACCAGAGGAAUGUAAUUUCACAUCAAACUAGGUCCUGUGGACUCCACACUUUAAUGCUCUUUCUACUACAAAGAAAAGUUGUCUAUUUUUACAUCCUUUAGAAAUUUAAAUAAACUGAUACUUAAUA